AUUCCCGCCCCUCACCCGGGCAGUGCCCUCAGCCUUCACCCGGGCAGAGCCAUUCCCGCCCCUCACCCGGGCAGUGCCCUCAGCCUUCACCCGGGCAGAGCCGUUCCCACCCCUCACCGGGGCAGUGCCCCCAACCCUCACCCGGGCAGAGCCAUUCCCACCCCUCACCCGGGCAGUGCCCUCAGCCUUCACCCGGGCAGAGCCGUUCCCGCCCCUCACCCGGGCAGUGCCCUCAGCCUUCACCCGGGCAGAGCCGUUCCCGCCCCUCACCCGGGCAGUGGCCCCAGCCCUCACCCGCCCAGAGAGCCGCCCGCCCUCCCGUGACGCGGGGCCGCCCUUUCCGCCGGGACUUUCCGGUGAUGGCGGCGGGCGGCAGCGACCCGCGGACGGCAGACGUGGAGGAGGACGCUUCGCAGCUCGUCUUCCCCAAAGAAUUUGAAACUGCGGAAACUCUUCUGAACUCCGAGGUGCACAUGCUGCUCGAGCACCGCAAGCAGCAGAACGAGAGCGCGGAGGAUGAGCAGGAGCUGUCAGAAGUCUUCAUGAAAACCUUGAACUACACAGCACGCUUCAGCCGCUUCAAAAACCGCGAAACCAUCGCCAGCGUGCGCAGCUUACUGCUGCAGAAGAAGCUGCAUAAGUUUGAACUGGCAUGUUUGGCUAACUUGUGUCCUGAGACAGCUGAGGAAGCAAAAGCUCUGAUUCCCAGCCUGGAGGGCCGCUUUGAAGAUGAAGAAUUACAACAGAUUCUCGACGACAUUCAGACUAAACGCAGCUUCCAGUACUAAGGUUAACCCUCAGCCCCUUAAUCUGAGCAGAAAAACCUGAGGACUUGGGCUGUUUCUCAGCCCUUUGGGUCAGCCCAGCUCACAGCUGAGCAAGGGUAGUUGUGGAUGCAGGGUGCUCCAGUGCUGCGCUGCCAAAGGUGCAUUCAGACUGGAGAUCAGCGUUGUCCUUUUGGUUUGUUCCAUGUGUAUGUUGGCAAGGACCCCCUGUAUUGUGAGAGCAAAAAACCUGAAAGGCCUUUUCCCAGUGGCUCAAGUAUUUGUUUCUUCCCUAAUCCCUCUUCCCAGGUUGUAAAAUUUUAAACAUUUUUGGUUUUUAGCAGAAAUUUAGAUGUGAUUCUGUGUUUUUUAGGAACUUCUAAAGGAUGCAGAAACUUGUUCUUGGUUCUCAUAAGGUUCAGUGAUGAGCAGCAUCAGUAUCUGUGGUGGUUUUUGUUUGUUUGUUUUAUUGUUUGAUUGGGACAGUGCAUUUUUACAGCUUCAAUAUUUUCCUAUUAUUGUUUAGUGUAAAUUAAAAGAUAUUUUUAAUUAAA